CUGUCUUUUUUUUUCAAAUAACGAUGCGUGCAUGCAUUUUUCUCGUCACACGCGGAAGCAAAAUUUUUGCCUUGUCUUCUCUGGAUUUGAUCUCAUGCUCGAUCCCAUAUUUCUUGGAUUAGACCCAUUAUUCUCAAUCGAUGUCAAGUUGCUGAUAAAAGAUAUCCAUUCAUGUGCGCCGGUGCCAGGUUAUCAAGAUCUUUACCUAUUUCAGGGCCAUACAAUAAAGUCGGUGGAAAUCUAUGGCAUAAUUGUCGCUGUCGAACAGAAUCAUGCGAUGCUGAUAUAUCAAGUGGAUGAUGGGACAGGAACAGUGCCUUGCUGCCUGUGGAAGAAUAGCACCGGUUCGAUAACCAAGACGUUACCAUUGGGAACCUGCGUUCAUGUUUUGGGUCGCAUUACUGAUUACAAAGACAUGAGACAGGUGACGACGUUCUCAUUAAGUCAAGUCCAUGAUCCCAAUCGAGAAGUACUCCAUGCACUGGAGGCAAUGGUAUUGCGCAAAACCGUUUACGCUGAACCUUACAAGGUACCUGUUCAGAUUCAGCAGAAUGCGGACAAGCUGAAAGAGCAGAUGCAAGCAGACAAAGAUGGUGAACACCUACUAUCCAAGGAAGCAACUGAGACCAGCACGAUAAAAACCGAGAACGCGUUUCAACAACGACUGCUCCUGUAUUUACGAGAACACGCACCGACCAGCGGUUUUCCUUAUACGUUUGCUCGUGCAGACGAAACAUUACGAGAGUCCGCGCGGCAAUUAUUGCAUCACAAGUAUGGGGAGUCGCCGACGGAACGACAGAUAUCCGAACUGUUUGCACACAGCACCACCGCGCUAGUCAAAUCCGGAGAUUUACUGGAAGUAGAAAGCAAUUCUGGCGUGUAUCAGGUCCUGACAAGUGAACGACUUCAAAAUACCAUUGAAACAAUUGUACGGGAAGCUGAAUCCAAAUUAUCACCUGCUUAUGGUAACGGAUCACCACAAGAAUGCUGCGCUCAAGAAAAAGAGAAUUAAAACACACUAUUUUCGAUAGGUGGCAUAUUCCAAGAAUUCAUCGUUCAUGCUGUGCAGGCCACUCCACUCUACACACGGCUUCCACGAAAACGCGUUCUUUCUUGUUUGAAUGAGAUGGUAGCUGAAAGCAUACUGUAUACCUCGGGCUAUCGUGAAUUCAACACAUUGAAUUAAACCAA